GUGGAUAAAGAUCUUGUUACAGAGGUCUUCAAAUUUCUGCAUUUUUGUGUAGAGAAAGAAUGGGCCGAGCUCCCUGCUGUGAUAAAAUGGGAGUGAAGAAAGGUCCUUGGACAACUGAAGAGGAUCGAAUACUCGCUGAUUUUAUUCACAGAAAUGGCCAUGGGAACUGGCGUGCUCUCCCCAAGCAAGCAGGGCUUUUGAGAUGUGGAAAAAGCUGUCGUCUAAGGUGGAUUAAUUAUCUCAGACCAGACAUUAAACGUGGGAAUUUUAGUUAUGAAGAGGAGGAGGCUAUUAUAAAGCUUCACCAGCUUCUGGGCAACAGGUGGUCUACUAUUGCCUCACGCCUCCCUGGAAGAACAGAUAAUGAGAUAAAGAACGUGUGGAAUACCCACUUGAAGAAAAGGCUUCUGCGAAUGGGAACCGAUCCAGUGAAGUCUGCAGUGGCAACGGAUUCAAGGCUCCCUAUGAUUUCACUUGAUUACUCCGAGUGCAGUGAGGCAAGUCCAUCAAUGAAGAAGGAUAUGCUUGUACACAUUCCAGCUCUAACUCAACCACAAGUUUCAUUUGAUUAUCCCACCACCAACUUGUCCUCUUCAGACGAUUUAUCAAGUGAAAUCUUUUCAUCUACAGAUAAUGAGGCUACCAAUUCAGGCUCAACGUUAGAUUGUAUUCAGUUCGACUGUAAUGAUUCUUUUGAUGUGGAACUUGAGUAUCAACAAUACCCAAUUACUACUGAAGAGCAUCCUAAGUGCCAGGACUUAGUACUAGAUGAGACAUUUAUCAUGGAAAACCAGAGUUUUGGAGAUGAAGAAAAGAGUUUGCCGAGGCAAAGUUCAGAAGAUCUGUAUUUCAUGUCUUCCUAUGCAGAAAAUGAUAUGUUGAAUAGCAUUGAUGGUGCAAACACAAAUACCCUUCUGCUCUGGAAUGAGGAGUUUCAGUUUUAUGACGAUGAUUGUGAUAGCAUGGGUUACUGGUUAAGAGUUUUGACGCAAGCCGAGCCACUGCCAACGUUGUAAAAUAUCGACCCACUUUCUCAAUCCUGAUAUGAGAGGGAUUUCUUUGAAAGUAGCCGAAAUGGAUGGCAAAAUUGACGAAAUCAAUUUGAUGUGUCUUCCGC